AUCUCAAAUUCUCUACGUGCUUUUCCCUUCCCACCAUGUGAUAACCUUCAUUCGAUUCCUUUCACUUUUAUCUACACCACACACUGUAAUCAAUUCCCUCUUAUUUACUUCCUUUUAUGAAAUGAUUUGAUUUUCCUGCCAUUUACUCUCCUAUUUAGUCUCAGGAUCUGGUCUUAGAUUUUCAAACCCAUCAUUUUCUCGGGAAAAUCUUCUUUAAACUGCUGCUGUUGUUCUUCAGUCUUCUUCCCCGAGUUCUCAGUUUUUUUUUUUGCUUAAUUCUUUUUGUAAUUUGUUGUUUCCGUUUGUUUUUAUACCCCUUUUUGUAGUUUGCUGAUCUUUGCUGUCCUUAGGAUUUUUUUUUGCUUGGGUUUUGCUUUUUCUUUUUUGCUGGAAUGGAGAAGGAUAAAUCUCCUGGCUUACCGCCGCCGUCCGGUAGGUAUUCGGGGUUUUCAGCUGUCGGAAAUGCUUUGAACUCAUUCGGUCAAAGUUCGGAUUCGAAUCGUUUCAGUCAUGAUAUUAGCAAAAUGCCUGAUAAUCCGCCGAAGAAUUUAGGUCACCGCCGUGCCCAUUCCGAAAUCCUUACUCUUCCCGACGAUAUUAGCUUCGACAGUGAUCUCGGAGUUGUUGGGGCGGCUGACGGGCCGUCUUAUUCCGACGAAACGGAGGAGGAUUUGUUCUCUAUGUAUCUUGAUAUGGAUAAGUUGAAUUCUUCUUCUGCGACGUCGACGUUUCAGGUCGGCGAGUCUUCGGCGGCCACUGGUGAUCCGGCUACUGCUGCAGCAGCUGCCGGAGCGGGGACGGGGACUAAUGGUGAAAACGCGAGUAUUACUGUUGGGUCUUCUGAGAAACCUAGAGUUAGGCACCAGCAUAGCCAGUCCAUGGAUGGGUCAACCAGUAUUAAGCCGGAAAUGCUUAUGUCCGGUUCCGAAGAAGCUUCGCCUGCUGAUUCGAAGAAAGCUAUGUCGGCUGCUAAGCUUGCUGAGCUUGCCCUUAUAGAUCCCAAGCGUGCUAAGAGGAUCUGGGCAAAUAGGCAAUCUGCUGCUAGAUCAAAGGAAAGAAAGAUGCGAUAUAUAGCUGAGCUCGAACGGAAAGUACAGACGUUGCAAACAGAAGCAACAUCUCUCUCUGCCCAGCUGGCUCUAUUACAGGGAGACACCAAUGGUCUGAGUUCUGAAAACAGUGAGUUGAAACUGCGGUUGCAAACAAUGGAACAACAGGUUCAUUUGCAAGAUGCAUUAAAUGAUGCACUGAAGGACGAAAUCCAGCAUAUGAAAGUACUGACUGGCCAAUCUAUGCCGAACGGUGGACAGAUGAUGAACUAUGCAUCUUUUGGAGCUAAUCAACAGUAUUACUCGAAUAACCAGGCUAUGCAUACCCUUUUAACCGCACAGCAGUUCCAGCAACUUCAGAUUCAAUCCCAGAAACCUCCGCAUCCGUUCCAGUCGCAUCAACUGAAUCAACAUCAGCCGCAUCAAUUGCACCAGCACCACCAACUGGAUCAGCCGCAAAAUCAAACGGGAGACAUCAAAGUUAGAGGUUCCAUGGCAUCCCCCAACCAAAAAGAUGCUUCAUCGGACGUCAGCUCGACAGCAUCCAAGGAUUGAUGAGUUAUAUAUGCCCAUAGGACCAGGUAUUUAUGGGCAUUCUCUGUUGUUAGAUGUAGGACAUAUAUUUCCUUUCCAUUUGUUCACAUCUCUGUCUCUUUAGGCUCUCCUAUUAUAACAUCUAUUUCUAGGUGUUAUAUUUAUUUCUAGCUGGAGAUGGACCUAAAAUUUAUGAUAAUAUCAUCCAGUAUAGUUUAUCGCU